GCACCAAGCUGCAAUCCUGGAUGACUUAGUGAGAAACGUGCCCCUGGAGUUUGAUUUCCUCUUCUCCAAAUCACACGCAGAAGUGAUCUCAGGGAAACAGGAAGGUGUCUAUGCUUGGAUUGGCAUCAACUUUGUCCUGGGCCGGUUUGAUCACGAGGACGAGGAAGAUGCAGUGGUCACCGUAGCACUGGGGGACCAAGGAGAGUCCCUGGUUCGGAAACGAACAGUUGGCAUCCUAGACAUGGGGGGCGCCUCCCUGCAGAUCGCCUAUGAAGUGCCCGACUCCGGAGCCUUCUCCUCCCCGCAGCAGGAGGAGGCUGCUAAGAGCUUACUGGCAGAAUUCAACCUGGGCUGUGACGUGCAGCACACUGGCCACGUGUACCGCGUCUACGUCAACACCUUCCUGGGCUUCGGGGGCAAUUUUGCCCGGCAGCGCUACGAGGAGCUUGUGCUGAACCAGACCUAUGUGCACAACCGCCUGCACAGUCAGCAGACAGGGCUGAGCCCCGAGAUGCCCUUCCUGGACCCCUGCCUGCCUGUGGGGCUGGAGGACACGGUGGCCAGGGGCGGCCAAACCCUGUACGUGCGGGGGCGAGGGGACUGGCCGGCCUGCGCGAAGCUGCUGCAGCCCCUCCUGGCCGGGCCCAACAGCAGCCAGGCCUCCCUGGUGGGGGCCUACAAAGCACCCAUCGACUUCGGCAACAGCGAGUUUUACGGCUUCUCUGAGUUCUUCUACUGCACCGAGGACGUGCUGCGCCUGGGUGGCCGCUACAGUGCCUCCACCUUCACCUCUGCUGCCCAGGAGUACUGCAGCCAGCGAUGGGAGGUGCUGACCCAGCGCUUCCGUGGUGGCCUCUACUCUGCACACGCUGACCAGCACCGGCUGAAGUAUCAGUGCUUCAAAUCAGCCUGGAUGUACCAAGUCCUUCACCAGGGCUUCUGCUUCCCCCUGGACUACCCCAGCCUGCACACGGCCCAGCUGGUGUACGACCGGGAGGUGCAGUGGACGCUGGGAGCCAUCCUCUACAAGACACGGUUUCUGCCGCUCAGGGAUCUCCGGCAGGAGAGCAUCCGGCAAGCGCAUGCCUCCUGGCUGCGCCUCUCUUUUGUCUACAACCACUAUCUCUUCUUUGCCUGUAUCCUGGUCGUAGCGCUGGCCAUAGUCCUCUACCUCCUGCGGCUGCGCCGCAUCCACCGCCGGCAGCUGCGCUUGGCCCAGCUCACCCUGCUCUGGCUGGACAAGGUGGUGGUGCCGCCGAGCCAGGGAAGCGGGCCAUGA